GAGUCUGAGGCUGACUUGGACGCCAACAACAACAACAGUUUCCAGUUCUCAGAGAUUCUGAGAGAAAACUUGGAGGUGCACUACAGCAGGAGGCAGACGCCCUCAUAGUCAUAGAUUAUGGGGCUGCGGGACGAGGAGAGAGUAGGAACCUUAGAAGAUGCCGCCCUGAAGCGACGGGAGAAACUUUUGGCUCUGAAGAGACGACGUCGUGGAGAGCAGGAGGACCCUAAUGACGAGACCAAUGAUCAAGUGGAGGACGAGCUCCCACCCUCCCAAGUUCUCUUCAGAAACUACAAGCCACAAACUUCAAGCUUGGAAGAGGCAGUACUGCCUGCAGUGGAGCCAGAGGAUGUGGAAACUAUUGUUCAACCACAGAUAGACGAUGGAGAAAGGGCCAAAGAGGAAGUUCAGGUUGAAAUCACGAAUCUGGCUCCCAAAAAAAUAACAUUUGAUUUGAAACGAGGAAUUCAAACUCAGCUGGACAAGUUAGAAAGGCGGACUGACAAGGCCAUUGCUGAAUUGAUCAGACAAAGGUUGAAAGAGGGUAAACAGCAAGAUUUUCUUAUUGCUGUUAAUGCAGGUGCUCGUGCUCAACAGAAGGCAAGCUACGACUCUGAUGAAGACUGAGUCUGUAAUCUUCUUAUUGAUAGAAAUUAAUAUUGGUUUGCAGUUAUUUAAGGUAGGAAUAAAAGUGGCUGUGGCUGUGGCUAUUUUGUAAUGGCUAUAGAGCCCAUUCUUUGUCAGGUUAAGAAAUGCUGUACUGUAUAAUAUUUUUAAUGAGCAAAGCUUACCCUGCUUUUCACACAUGGCAUCUACACAUUAACUCAUUAACUGUUGAAUUUUCAUAGUGGCAGAUUUGUUCACAAAUAUAAUUUUUGUGUCUACUGUACUGUUAAGUGAAUGAUUUGAGGUUACUAAAAUUACAAGUUUUUACUUACCUUCCUAGUUUUGGCUAUACAGUAUCAGUAAUUUGUGUAAAUUGGCAGUGCAUCAUGACAAUGUUAUAUAGUAACAUAUAUUGGACUGAUGUGAAUGUGUGCUGCAAUGUAACAACCUUCUAAUAUACAAGACUAGGCCUUGCUAGAUCAAGAUCUUGUGUAAAACUUUAAUUUAUGUAUAAUGAUCUGCUUGAAAAAGAAAUAUACUAAAUUGUGUAAUAAAAUGUCAUCUUGCUCUUUAAGAUCUCACUUUUAUUGGUAUUUACUGUCCUUGGUUGUUUUACAAGUCACUGAACUAAAAGAGUAUUGAUGCUGUUCAGCAGGAAAAUCAUGGUUACUGUACACCCAAAUAAAAUACAAAAAAUGCAAAAAAAUGCAUUUUUUUUUUUUUAAUUUUUACUAGUUAGUGCUUUGUAAAUUGGUGCCCCAUAGGCUCAAAGUAAUGUUAUGGAGAUCAUAUCUCUUGUCUGGCUUUGACAAAAUAAAAAAAAUACUCCCUAUGAAAUUAUAUAAAAAAUUUGAAAAUAAUUCUUACAGAAAAAUAACUUAAGAAUCAAAAUGUUGAUUACACCAAAACAAUAUAACAAAUCUAGUUGCUUUGGUAGCAUUAACAAAUGAGUGUAGUUGGCAGCCUCCAUGAACAUACAAUAUUUGCUGCCACAAAAUCAUUAUUGUAAGUACUGAACUAUUAUUUUAGCAGGAUGGGUUGCAUAAUUUAGCGCAGCUCAUAUGAAAUAUCACUACAAGUGUCACAUUUUAUGGUUAAGUGUAUUACUUUGGAACCAUGUAAGAUGGCUUCCACGGUCCAUGUUACUUGGUUUGUCUUGGAGGAGAGGCAUGUCAAUAUUCACCAGGGACAACUAUGGGUGUUGCCUGUGAAUGGUUAACAGGGGUUGCCAGGUUUGCUGAUUGUGGUUUGUUUACCAUCUUUAUAACCCCUAGUAUGUUACUUUUUGUAAUAGUGUAUUACAUGUGCUUACUUAUAUGUUGCUACAAUAAAGCUACAGUUACUUAA